CCUUCGUGACAUUUGGAAUACACUUAAUAAUGAAUCGGAAAAUCAACAAGAGAAUCCGUGGAUUAUCCUUGCCAAUAAAGCUAUAAAAGGUGCUUUUAAGGAUAUGCCAGUAUUUACUGGUCUUUGUGAGGUUAUGGGUAAUGCAAUUGAACGAAAAAUCAAUAACAAAUCUAAAAGAAAUUUAAAAUAUAGCGAAGAAUUUACCAAUUUUUUAACUAUUUUGGGAGGAAUAAGUUCAAGGGCCUUAGAAUUGUUCAGACAAAAUUUAGAAGGUCGUUCACUUCAAUCAAUUCGACAAUUAAGAAGAAAUAAUGAAGAUUAUUUAACGAAUCCAGAACUAUGUUAUGAAAAUGUAGCAAGAUUUAAAAGAUUAGUUGAUUCAAUAAAUUAUAAUGGUCCAGUUUCAGCAAUGACCGAUAAUACAAAACUCAAGUCACGAUUACGGUAUUCUCCUAAUCUUGGUUGUAUUAUUGGAUCAGUAUUUUCAAAAAAAGAAGCAGAAAUUAAUACAUAUAAUGAUAUUCCAAGAAUUAUUAAUAAAAUUAAACUAGAAAAUGGAAUGGCUAAGAAUAUACCAUUACCGGCAUUUCCUCCUGUAGUUAUUGCUUUAAUUCCGAAUAAAGGAACUGAGACUGCAAAUGCAAUAUCGCAAUUACAUAAACAAUUAGUUUUAGGAAUUGCACCACAACUUGGUCUUUGUAUACUCUCUUUAGGAUCUGAUGGUGCAAUAACAGAAUUUCAAGCACAACAGUUAAUUUUAAACAUUCAAACAAAUGAAAAGUUAAUAAUUAAAGAACCUCAAUUUAAUAUUAACUUUUCUUGUCCAAUUUUUAAUAAUGUUGGUCCUGUAGUAAGGAUUCAGGAUCCAAAACACGCAAAAAAGACAGCAAGAAAUGCCAUAAUGUCAGGAGCACGAUUAUUAACAUUUGGCAACUCUUCAGCCCGAUUUGAUCAUUUUUUACAACUUAUUAAUCAAUAUGAUUCUAUUAUGUAUAAGAAUGAUGUUAUUAAUCUGGACCGUCAAGAUGAUGCAGCUGCUUAUCGAACCUUUUGUUCUUCAAAUUUUCGACAAUGUUUAACAGCUGAUUAUAAAGUUAAAAUUGGAAUGGAAGGAUUUGCUAUUUAUAUUUUUGUAAUUGGAGAAAUCAUUGAUAGUUAUCUAAACCGUAAUAUUGCACCACUUGAACGAAUUAGAAUGGUUAUGACUGGUUAUUUUUUCAUUCAAUUAUGGCGUAUCCAUAUAGAAACUCUUUCUCAAAAAUAUCCUGAAUUUAUUUCAAUAUGACAAAACUUUUUAGCAAACCAAACAUUUGCUAUUUUCAUUUCUCUUUGUGAAUCACUUAUUUUGUUAAUUAAGGCUCAUCGUGAAUAUUAUCAACAAGUACCAUUUUUACCUUGGUUUCAUGGAUCUGAGCCUGUGGAACACUUUUUUGGUAUUGCGCGCCAAUUAAAUCCAGAUUUUGAUUUUGCAGAUUUAAUCCAAAUACUUCCUAAAAUAUCACAGUAUUCCAGAGCUUUAAGAUCAAAAAAAUUAUCUUUUAAUCAAGAAAAAACUGUUCGUCAAGGUAAUAUUAUUUAAUUACAAAUUUUUUUUUUAUUUAUUUAUUUUUUUUUUUUUAACAAUAAAUUUUUAUUAAUU